GGUUAAGUUGCCGGCGCCAUUUCCGGUUUUGUGAUUCUCCUUGUUUCUCAGUCGGCGACGAUUAGAAUAGUUCAUUCACGAGGGUAAUGGUGUUUACCUGAGAAAUUUUGCGUAACGUUACGCCAUGUGAGGUCUCGUGGUUACGCUGUGAGAGAGGGUGGGGGUUCUCACUUAGCCUAGCGUAACGCCGCGCCACAUGUGGGUGGGAAGGGUUAUGUCUCAAGGUGUCAAAAAUUGCAUACUGUAGAGAUAAGUGAUGCUAUUCUGAAUCGAGGACAAAUGAAUACGAACUACUUGGUUGAAUUUCCUAAUCAGCUUUGAGAUGGAGUGCGUCAUUUGUGUGGAGAAGCUUGAUAGUGCGAGGAGGAGGCCGAAGUGUAUCCCCUGUGGGCACACGGUGUGCCUUCAGUGCAUCUCAACAAGAGGGAAGCAAGUGUGUCCACUGUGUCAGCAGGAAUUCGCCGAGCCGGUUGGCUCACUGCCCGACAACUUUUUUCUCCUCAAACUGAUUGAGAAAGAGGAUCGGUGCUCGGAUCAGAGGUUGUGGUUGUGGUGCCGCGACUGCAGCAAGGCCGCCACCGACGACUGCGAGGACCGAGACCACUCGCUCUGCUCGCUGCGCAAGCUGCGCGCGGAGCAGAGCGCCACUGCGGCGGCGCGGCUGCGGGGGCUGCAGGAGGCCGCGACGGCCGUGCGGCACGCGGUGCGCGCGCUGCAGGACGUGAAGGGCGCGGCGGACGCCCUGCUGGACCAGUGGAGGCACCGGCUGCGGCGCGUGGAGGACGCCGAGGCGGAGCUGCGGGCCGCGGUGGACGCGGGUCGACUUGCCGUCCAACCAAUGCAGGUGAAGUUAGCCCAGCCGGAAGAAGUGCGGCAGUUGCAGGACGCCGCCAGCCUGCUGCAGGCCCGGUGCGCCUUGCUGGGGCAGCUGCUGCAGACGGCCAGCAACGACUGCGAUGAGCAGCCGCAGGCGUCACCGGUGCUGGAAGCCCCGCCACCAGCGGAUUCCCCUCCCAACCCGCCCCAGGAGGCCGUGCAGCGAGACGGGGCCGUGGUCAAAAACCCCGAAGCCCCUCAAGCCGGGACCGCCUUCAGUCCCUCAGAGUGCCGCGAUUUCGCAGAGCUCUGCUUGCGCACGGAGUACUCGCAGGAAAUGGCUGCCGUCCUGGAGGACCCCGGCCUGGCCAAGGUGCGCAAGCUGGUGGGGCUGGUGUGCGAGGGCUGGUCGGAGUGGUGCGAGGCCGUGCUGCUGCGCGCGGCGCUGCGCGUCGAGUGCCUGUCGCUGCACGACGCGCGUCCGGAGCACCUGACGGUGGUGGCGUGGAUGCCCGCCCUGCGCCACCUCCACGUGCACGUGGCCCCGGACGUGGCCGACGUGCCGGACCUGCCGCUGCAGCUGGAGAGCCUGGACGUGACCAACGUGCGGCGCCGCCACCUGGAGUGCGUGCAGCGCAUGCCGCUGCUGCGGAAGCUGGCGCUCGACUGGAGCGACGCCCCGCUGGAGGUGGCCUUCCCGCCCCUGCCGCCGCACCACUGCGGCCUGCGAUGGCUGUGGGUCGCCCUGCGCCCCGCGUCCAGUGUGCUGUCGCUGGUUGCGGCGCACGCGGCCACGCUGCAAGACCUGCGCAUCACGUGCGCGUCCGAGGGCGACACGCCGUGGCACUUCGCGGACCUGGCCGCCCGCCUGCGGUGCUGCAAGCUGACGGCGCUGCGGAGCGUGGUGCUGCUGCGGCAGGCGCCAGGCUUCCCCGACAACAAGCUGCCCCACGGCAAGGACUCGUGUCGCAAGCAGAAGCGCGCCGUGUUCAAGGACAUCUCGGGCGACCUGCUCGGGGCCCGCGUGCUGUGCGGGGAGUGCGACAAGUACCCUGCCUAUCCCUCGCGGGGCCCGCCAUGGAAGGACAACUGAAACUGGACUCGGAGUUGGACUGAACGUGGUCCUGUGGUGGUUGGUUGGUGGUUUGCAGCCAAGUGAACCUUGCUUUCGAGUUUACCUAUAGGUAAAGGGUAUACCCUUUCCGUGAAUAAUAUACACCAAAAUCUUAGGCGAUUUUUGUACCUUCGCCACUGCCUUUCGCUUAGGGUCAGGGCGGGGAAGACCUCGACAGGGGAAGAACUGAACACCCUAUAUUUCACUUCAAAUGCUGUCUGCACAGGCUUAACAACUAUCAUGUGACAGACCGCUGAUGCCACCACGGUAAAAACGGUUCCUGAUUUUCCCAGGAACUCCCUGGGAAUGGCUUAUGUCUUUACCAUAGGCUUCCUGGGAAAACCAGGUACCGUUUUUACCGUGACAGAACAAUCUUUGAUGGUUGUUAUGCCUGUGGAUAUGGUAUUUGAAGGAAUAUGGGGUGUUCAGCUUUUCCCCUGCCCAGUUCUUCUCCGCCCUGACCCUACAUAAGCUUUUGCAACCACUCAAAAAUGUCAACGAAGCAUCUUUGUUGUAAUUUUAAUUUUAAAGAGGUAUCUUUCGGAGCCUGGCUUGGCAAUUGUUGGUAUUCAAUUCAGCCUGCCAAUUUUGUAGAGAAUAAACUCAGAAAAGAGUGAUUUGUUUGAAACCUGCCGUGUAAAAGCACGUUUUCUAUUAGUGUUAUCUCCUGCAUCAAGUGUAAUGAGUUGAUUUAGAGCAGGAGGUGCAAUUUUGUGGUAUAGCCAAAAAGUGUUUUAUUUUGCAUGCCUUUUUUCCAAGUGGGUCAGCCUGCGUCGGCCAUGCGUAUCACUUAAAUUGUUUUUAGCUCUGCAGUAUCUUUAACAAAAAAAGAGCUUACUAUUUGACUUGCAUAUUGAUGGCAUAAUUUUUGGGGAUCUUACUAACUUGUGCCGCCUCAAGCACAGAAGGCUAUGAAGUCUGUUUUUAUUUAUGCAAUAUUGUUUAUAUUUUUCGUUAUGUUCAAUGGACCUUGUGAAAUAAAUCGUGAUAUUACAUAUCA